AUGGAAAACUACACCUACAACAGCAUGACACUGCAGAUAGAAGGCUUCACUGUUUCAAAGGAUUUAAUGUACCCUGUUGUUUUCUUGUUCUUAACUUCCUACAUUUUUAGCAUGGUUAUGAAUAUUAGUAUUUCAAUUCUAAUUGUAAUUGACAAGAACCUUAAGCAGCCCAUGUAUCUUCUUCUUUGCAACCUCUCAGUCAGUGACAUAAUUGGAAUUACACAAAUUGUACCUCGUUUGAUUGCAGAUAUUUUGAGGCCUCCUUCUGAGCGCUUCAUCACUUAUUAUGAGUGUGUUGUUCAGGCUUUUGUUACACAGUUGUUUUCAACAAUGUCCCACACUGUGCUCAUGAUCGGUCUGACCAUACGGCUGAGCACAUGUAGAACUUUGAUCACAAAUCCAUACUGUGACAAUGCCUCACUGUUUAAGCUCUCCUGUGAGAGUGUGGUCAUUAAUAAUAUCUAUGGUCUCACCUUUACUGUGGUCCUGCUCACCUCCUCUAUAGGCAGCAUAGUUCUCACCUAUACCAAAAUUACAGUUGUCUGUCUGACCAGUAAGAACAAGUCUUUGAACCGUAAAGCCUUGAAGACCUGCAGCACCCACCUGGUUGUUUAUUUGAUUAUGCUGGUCAGUGGAAUGAUUGCCAUUGUUUUGCAUCGCUUCCCUGAGUACUCAGAUUACAGAAAGCUCUGUGCUAUUCUCUUUGUCAUUGUCCCCGGCAGCCUCAACCCCAUCAUCUAUGGUGUGCAGUCCAAAGAGAUACGCAAAUUCUUAUAUGAAUUAUUUCAUUCUAAAAGAAAAUUUCCAUCUUGUAAAAAAUGA